CCAAGCUGCAGGGCUCUCUUUAACUGGAAUAGCCAAGAGCUUAGGGGCUUAGAGGCUUCUUAGUGGUAGGGGAGGAAUAGAGGUUCCCUGGAUUGGACCCGUCGGUAUGGGGUUUGUACCUUAAUCAGAAGCGAGCCCUAACUAUUAAACCAACGCCGGUCCCGGGUCCCCCUCCUCGGCCAAGAUGAAAUAACUACAGAGCUGAGUCGCCUCCAAGCUCUGUUCUGUUUGGAUCUCCUGGUGCUUGUCCUUUUCUUCUUCAUUUUCCUUCCUAUAUAUAUAUAUAUUCAUGUAUUUAUCAUUAUUAUAGUAUCUAUUACUAUUACUGCAUCGACCAUAACUCACUGCGCGCCAUUAUUUUGGCUCCCAGGCUUUCUGUCUAAUCAUUAUAAUAGUAACAUACAGCCGCCUCAGGGCGCCUCAGGAAUCGCCACAGCGCAGCUCUGAAAAUUCAGCAACAAGUUGUUCGUGGUAGCAUGGAAAAUUCGCUCCCGCCAGCCAUAACCCAGAGACACGAUGGCCAGCCGAUAGAUGCUGCCGCAACCGCCGAGGUUGUCCUCAAUGAAACCUGUCCAGCCGUCCCUGAAGGCUAUGAACAUGUGCGCGACACCUCGAACGGCUAUGGGAACGGCCCAGGCCUCAUCAGUCUCAGCGAUCAUCUCGAAGUCGUCUGCGGUCCCUUCCUGAACUACAAGGGCCUCCGGGAUGCGAACCAAGAGUUCCCCACAUGGCAGGGCAGCGUGUUGCUUGUCACAAAGCCAGGCCAGAGGCAGCCAGUUCUGGAAUUGCGCUCGUUGGGCGCAACCCUUCCCUUUCCUACCGGCACUGGCGCAGGGCGCUCCAACCUCGUCAACGGCGAUAUGUCACAAAAUGAUAGCCAGGUAACAACCGUGGAGGGGCUCAAGCUGUUCGCGGACCCGAUCAAGGCUUUCUGGCGGUUUCCGAUUACGGUGCCGCUACGAGCCAAGGAGACGCGCUGGGAAUAUUCGUUUCCACGAUUCCGCUAUUUUAAUAAUAAGGAGGCGCUGGGUCGCUGGAAUUUCGUUGUCCCCGCUGCAAACGACUCGAUGCGCAUUAUGUUCUAUUCAUGCAAUGGUUUCUCCAUUGGUACAGAUCUUGAUUACUGGCAGGGUCCCACUUUGUGGAACGAGGUGCUUCGCAUCCAUGAGAAGCGGCCUUUUCAUGUCAUGAUCGGGGGCGGCGAUCAAAUCUAUAACGAUAGCGUAAGGGUUGACGGUCCAUUGAAGCCGUGGACCGAUAUUUCGAAUCCGCAUAAAAGAAGAGCGCAUCCGUUUACCAACAAGAUGAGAGACGAAUGCGAUCGUUUCUACUACGAAAACUAUAUCAAAUGGUACGGGAUGGAGCCGUUCGCGACCGCAAACUCACAAAUCGCCCAAAUCAAUAUUUGGGAUGAUCAUGAUAUCAUUGAUGGAUUCGGCUCAUAUACCGAUCAUUUCAUGAAAUGCGCCGUCUUCCGCGGUAUUGGAGGUGUUGCUUUCAAGUAUUACCUGCUCUUCCAGCACCAUGUGGCUCCGCCCAUGUCUACAUAUACCACCGAUGCGCCCGCAACUAUGUCCGCAGUCAACGGUACCUCGGGCGCUGACCCUAGGCAGCUAGAGCACACAUAUGUAUAUAACGAACAGGAGGAAGACCCGAGUUUCAUCACCGGCAAAACCCACGGACCUUACGUGGAAGAGCGCAGCAGAAAUCUAUACAUGCGUCUGGGACGGCGCAUGACUUUUGUCGGACUGGAUGCCCGCACAGAGCGUACCCGGCACCAAAUCAACUACCCGGAAACCUAUGAAAUGGUAUUUAACCGACUAGACCAGGAGCUAGCCCAAGCCAACGGCGACAUCAAGCAUUUAAUCCUUCUCCUAGGCGUCCCAAUCGCCUACCCCCGCCUCGCCUGGCUGGAAAACAUCAUCAAGUCCCCCCUGAUCGCGCCAAUCCGCCUGUUGAACAAACGCUUCGGCGUCGGCGGGGACUUCUUCAACAAAUUCGACGGCCAAGUGGACCUCCUCGACGACUUGGACGACCACUAUACCGCGCGCCAACACAAACGCGAGCGCCGCGAGAUGAUCCAGCGCCUACAGCAGUUAUCGCGAAAGUACUCCGUCCGCGUCACCAUUCUCGGCGGCGACGUGCACCUCGCCGCUUUGGGCCGCUUCUACUCAAAACCACGCCUCAACGUCCCCGCCGAGCUCGACUUCCGCUACAUGGCCAACGUUAUCAGCAGCGCCAUCACCAACAAACCACCCCCGAAAGCCGUCGCCAACCUGCUCGCGCGCCGCAACAAGAUCCACCACCUCGACCAUGACACAGACGAGACACUGAUGAAACUUUUCGAUAAGCAGCCCGGCGGCAAGGAGAAGGGCGCCGCGUUCAAUAAAGUGACGAUGCCGUCGCGGAACUUUGCGUGUAUCACGGAGGUGUCGAUGGAUGGGGCGGUGAAUGGCUCCGCCGAUGUAGCUCAGACGACGCCCGUGGUGAUACCGAAGGAUGGGCAUCAACCGUUGCAUGCUGGCGAGGAGAAUGCGGGAACGACACAUCGGGCGGCUGAUGGAGUUAGUAAUGUCAGCGGCAUGAUUGGCGGGCUCGAUGUUGCCAUACGGGUUGAAAUCGAUGGAUCGGAUCGGAAUGGGACGACGGAGGGGUAUGGGUUUAGCAUACCUCCACUAGCUAUCCCGCGGAACGAUCGGGUAAGCCAGGAGACGACUCGUUCCCGACGCUUCCAUCGAAUUCACCGCCAUCUACAUUCCUCCCACAGCAAUACAUCUGCACCGCCUACCACCAACAUGGCCGCGACCUCUGCUCCAGAGUCAGAUAAUGUGACCCCUCUGCCUCGCCCCGCUACUGCCAUAGUGGAGGGAGCAAGGUAG